AUGCACCACGUCGAUCUUGCGCGCCGGUGUUUCACCCGCUUCGGAAUCAGGCUUGACCGAUCGACGAUCGGCCGCGUUUUGAAGGGCUCCGAACGAUGGGCCGCCACUACGACGAACAACAACAUCGUCCGCGUCCGGGGAGGCGCACACUCGGAACUGGAGCGAGCUAUGGCUCGCUGGAUUGCCAACGCGGGCACGCUCGCAACCAUUCACGACCAUGUCGUGACCAUGGCUCGUGGCAUGGUCCUGCCGGCGACGUUCCGCUGCUCAAUCGGUCGGGUGCGCCGUGCAUUGCGCCGCCAGGGUGUCCGCUGUCUGAGCGCCGUCGGCGAGGCGGCGGACCAGGACAUGGCCGCCGUGCGCACGACACGCGAGAAGCUUCCGCAGCUGCUCAUGCACCGCUCGGUUCGGGCCCGAGAUGUCUACAAUUUUGAUGAAACCGCGCUCUAUAUCUCAGUGCUGCCCCGCAAGACUUACGGCAAUGGGCGAGUGGCGGGACGGAAGGUGCCCAAGGAUCGCCUUACCGUCGGCUUCCUGGUCAACGUCGAUGGAUCGCACUCGUUCCGCCCGUUGGUCAUCUCGAAAGCCAAGUGUCCCCACGAUUUCCGCCCCGACUACGACCUUGACGAGGUUUGCUAUUGGCGCAACACGGCUAAGGGCUGGAUGACCAUCCCGAUGGACAACGCCUCCUCUCACGUGCUCAAGUCAAAAGAGGCCGAGACGGAGGACCUCUUUGGCUUCCGCACGCAGAACCUCAGCACCGUCCGCAUCGUGUACCUGCCGCCGAACACCACGGCAUUCACCCAACCCCUCGAUCAGGGGAUUAUUGCGACGGCGAAGGCACGGUACCGUGCGCAUUGGCUAAGCACUUUCACCGCGCUGUGGUCGGCGGAUGGCGCGAUGGCGGCAAUGGCUCGGUACAAGCCGAACCUGCGCAACGUACUGGCAUGGCUGUGCGACGCUUGGAUGAACAUCGAGCGUCACACAAUUCAGUGGUGCUGGUGGCGCACCGAGUGCCUCCCAAAUGCGUGGGCAAUGGAACUGGAGCACGUGGGCAACGGCGGCAACGGCGCUGGCAACAUUGAGCUCGAGGAGGCCGACCCGCUGGCGACUGAGCCGCCGUCUGCGUCGGCUGCCGAGAUGUGGGAAGCGCCGGCCAGCAUGCAAGCCGUCUACGACGAUGGCAAUCCGGCGUGCCGCGAGGCACGGCGCUACGCACGCGCCGCGGGCGAGAUGCUUAUCGGCUACGCGAGGGCCACCGACAUUACCCCGCGUGACCUAUGCGCACUGUUCGACAUUUGCAACCCCAUCAUCAGGGCUCGGAUGGAGCGCGCCAGCUCUGCUCUUAAUCUCAAAAGCACGCCUCCUCCCGCCAUGCCCCUUGGCGCCACCCCGCAGGCUGAGAACCCUCGUCGCCGUGGGCGUGUGCUGCCGGCGUGGACGACGGAGCCGACCCCAGAGUGGGUCACGCUGGCUCUGCAGGCGGCCCGCCGCCAGCAGCUAAUUGACGCAGGAGCGCCCGCCGUGAUGGGCGGCUACCUGGAUGCCGCCGAGUGGAUGCGGCUCUUCGAUACAAGCUGUCUCGAUAUAGGCUGGCGUCGCAAGAAGCUGAACGCGUCGUGCGAUCCAUGGCCGUACUUAUUCCCGUGGCGCGCGUUGGAACCUGGGGAAACAAUCUUAAGCGACGAGUUUUUGGCCACCGCAUCUGGCGGCGGAAACCGCGGAGCAUUGCUCGCGCCGGCGGGUGCGACACUGGCGGAAGCGGUCGCGACAGCAGGAGGAGCGACGGCGUCGCCUGCUGACGUGUCAAUAAAGGACGGGGUCACGGGAGUCACGGACACCUUAUUGGCAGCUGAUGGGUCCCGCUUUGUACGACUGACUUCCGCCUUUUCCGCGUCGCCUAUUAGCAACGACAGUUCCGGUGAUCGCAAUAGCAGUAGCGCGUUUGGCGGCCCAGCUGUAUUGCAAGCGCUGUGCGAACUCAAACCCGCGGCGCCGACCAGCAACGACUCGCAGCAGGCGCAGCAGCAGCAGUCCCCGCGCCAGCUGUCCCUCUCGUUCUUUGCGCGCGCCAGCCUGUGCGCGAAGGGUGGAGGGGGCGCGGAAGGGGAGGCGGAGCGGCUGUUGACGGUGCUGCUGCUGGCAGUUCCGCUCAACACCUCCGCCGCCGCCGUGGCAGGGGGAGGGGCAGGGGGGGGAGCGGCGGAGCAGGUGUGGGGGGAGUGGCGGGUGGGUGUGCCGUGUGGGGGGAGCAGCGCGAGUUUGUCCGGCGCCUUGCCUUGCACCACCACCGCCACCACCACCACCACCACCACCACCACCGCCACCACCAGCAGCGCCGACCCCUCUCCUCUCAACUCCUUCUCCCACUGGCCGCUCUCCAGCGCCCAUCCGCUCCUCACAGCCGGCUCAGCUCGCCGCAACCGCGCCUCCCUCUCCCUCACCACGCUCUCCGACCUUAACUCUGCCUCUCUCGCGCUGCACCCCGCCCCCUUCGCCCUGCUCGCCCCUGCCACGCCCGCCUCCCCCUGCCGCCCCUUCUCCUUCUCCACCUCCUUCGCCUUCCGCAUCUCCUCCCCCAACGCCGCCGGGCUGGGCGGCGAGGGCUUGGCGUUUGUGAUGCUGCCGUCUCCCACACUUGGCCUGCCGGGGCCCUCCCUGGGCUACGGCCGCCUGCUGCUUCCACCUGGGAGCACUACCGGUGCCGAUAAUUCCAAUGACGUGUCAUCUCAGGUACAUGUCAUCUCAGGUACGUGUCAUCUCAGUUACGUGUCUUCUGAGGUACGUACGUGUCACCUCAGGUACGUGUCAUGUCAUCUCAGCUACGUGUCAUCUCUCGCUGUCCGUCUCUUGUCUGCGGGCUUCUUUAUCGCGUCUCAUCCGCCUGACUUACUUUGUUUAUCUUGUAUUUCUCACUCCUACUCUGCCACUUUGCUGUUUUGCUUAUCGGCUGCUACUCCCCCCUCCCACACGCGCUAUCCCCCCUCCCACACGCGCUAUCCACAGCAGCAGCGGAGCCUGGCAGUGGAAUUCGACACGUCCUCUUCUCCUGAGUUCUUGGACCGCCCCGACCACCACGUGGGGGUGAACCUGCACGGCACCAUGCUCUCUCUCGCCUCUGCCCCCGUGCACCCCGUCGGCAUUCCCUCCCUCAACGCUGGCAGCAGCGCCCCCCCCGCCACUGUUUGUGGGAUUCACAGCGGCCACAGGCAAGGGGGCAGAGCAGGCCCAGGCGCACGAGGUGCUGGGGUGGACCUUCCAAGUGGGGGAGGGUGA